AUGCUGAUAUCUUCUCAUAUGAAUAAUGCUUCCGGUCUUUAUACCCAGUGCAAACCAAAACUGGGUUUGAACUGCUCCACUGUCUACACUGUCAUCCCAUGUGCCAAACCUGUAGAUCUAGCUGAUUUAACAAUAGCCAAUAAGAACUUAGUUAAAGUAUAUCCUCCUAAACUACUUGGACAAUGGAUUGUUUUGAGGUUAUAUGUCCUGCUAGUACUGCUCAAUGUGGUUUGGGGCUCGGAUAGUAGUGAUAGCGUAGUUAUAGUUGAGCCGGCAGCAAAACUCUCGGAUUUGCCUGAUGCGGCGAGAAUGCUUCAACUCCUGUGCUCGGUUGGCUUUGUGCCCUUGGACCCGAACCACGAUCUGAAGAUUACUGCGUAUAAACCCGAUGCCGUGCUAGAUUCAGACCUCAAUUCAAUCCCAACUCCGACCCUAAGUUCGGCCAGCCCAAUGGCAAAUAUCCCUCUCUAUAUUGUAGACUACAUAGAUAAUGACAUUGUUUUUGUACUACGCGAAUGUUCAUCUCUACCCCGGACUGAGGUGGAUUUGAAUGUACUGCAGACUAUAGCUGUUGUUCGCGGUGGCGGGGCCCAAAUUAUUUGUACGACGCCCGAUUGGAAUUCUUGUCCGAUUAAUCUACGAGUUGUGUCCCGGGUUGUUAAUAUGCUUGAUUGCAAGGAGCUGCAUCUUCACAUUGAACUUGACCGGCGCAUAGAAUCUUAUGAUCCUCUGCCUUGUUCAGAUCCCAUUCUACUCGAGGCCCAAAAUACCAUUAAACAUGCCGUUUAUAACUAUGCGUGCCAAAUUAACUUUUCAACCUCUCGGCAGACUAGACUUGUAGAUUUAGUCAAUAGUGGGAUUGUUUUAUUGCGCCCGUUUAUUUGUGUUGUCUUAGAAGAUAACGAAUUCCAGGAUAUGCAUCUUAUUAAAGAACUGCCGCUCUCCGAUUGCUACUCUAUCAUCUUCAGAGAUAUACCCGAAUGGUCUAGCCUAGACUUCAACUGUCUCCGGACUUGUCUUGACAAAUGCGUCUGCAUCACUAUUAUUCUCGCCCAAGGCAUACUGCUGAAUCUGGCCGGUCUGGAAAGUGCCAUUAAAGACUAUCCAAAGCUAUGUUUGAAGGCACCUGUGUGUAUUCUUGCUUAUCUAGGCAUGCGCAACGAAUCUACAAUAGAGGUUCACUCUAUUAUAGGUAUGAAUUGCUCCAUCGAGUCAGGCCAAGGAUUGUCAAAGAUCCCGUCGCAACCACAUGUUUUAACUCGUUGGCUCUUUGCUCCUCUACUUGAAAUCAGUAUUGAGGAUACUAUACCUUGUCAAUCCUUGCAUAUCUAUCAAUUAGUCUACACUAUAGACAACUUUGCUAAAUUUGGAGUUCUAGUUGAUGAUGUCCGUAUAACCUAUGGGUCUCAGCGAAAAGAUCUACAUCAAAGCUUAUCUUUACUUUGUCGGCUCGGUGCUUUGAGGAGAGUGCCAACCCAAGUAAUAAAUCGUUCGAUUGUGUGCAAUGGCGAUCAACUCAGUGAUCCUAAAUGGGUGCUUCAGGAUCCCAUCCAUAUUAACCUUUUGGCCAUUGACCACCAAACCACUGCCUGGCUGAUGAGCCGAAAGAACCCAUUGCCUCACAACAAACCAUACCACUCCUAUAUGCCCUUUUGCCAAAAUAUACGUUACACAGACAUCUGUAUUGAUGGGGGCCUGGAUCCACUGGAGGAAAGUACUAACCUGUGUUUGGUACUUCUAUAUAAGUUUCGAUGCAUCAAUGCCAACACGCUGACACUUGUAAAUAUUCGUAAGACUAUCUAUCGUUCUGGAUUUAAUAUAGAGUAUUUCCAGCAAAGCUCAACCGUUUCCAACAAAUGGAAUCUCGCCCUUAAUACCCUGACUUUAGACAAUGUUGAUGACGAAAUUAUCUAUUGGCUGUUCGGUAAUUACUUCUUUGUGAGAGAAACACAGGUGCACAUUAUCAAUCAAGAACUCAAAAAUCUUGCCAUUACCUACAUUCUAUCUCUUCCCACCACCCAAAACAUCGAAUCCCUGAUGGUUAAGGCCUUCAAGAAGCUAGAUGAAAUACUGUACAUCAACCAACGGGGCCAAUUCACGGACUUCACACUAUUCCAGUAUCAAAAGGAAAUAGAACAGCGAGACGGUUCAAUCGGCCAUCUUAAUCUACAUAAAGUAAUUAUACAAGUCGGUGUUGUAAACUGUGGAUUGUAUGGUCGAUUCAUGAUCGAGCUUUUGCGCUUAGGCAUUCAACUAACAUCUAUGCCGAUGAAUAUUUACAUCGAAUCUUUGUAUCUGCAUCCAGGCCGUUGCAAUUAUGUAGCCUUGAGUGAUUUUACGCUUUAUAAUAUAUCCAUGAGAUUGCUGCAAAGUGAUGGGCGUAUCUACCUAGAACGAAAUCUAGCUUUGACUCAGACACAGUCUUCCCACCUGCCACGACCUCCAAAACGACCUGUUAGUUCCCUGGUUUUGCAGUUUAAUGGGGCCCAGCUCUUAACUGAAGUGAAUCUACUGACUAUUAUUCACUGGGUUUCUUGUUGGUUCGGGGACCUAACCACUUUAACCCUAACACUUGUUCAAGUAAAUGAAAGGGUAUUGCAUGCGAUUUCUUCGCGUGACUAUUUAUUGGUUGGUUUAGAUCGGCUUACUAGCAUUCAAAUCAAACGUUGUCGCCCGAUUCGUCCCUCAUUUGACCUACUAUCUCGACCCUAUCACCUCGGCUUAGCCGCUGAAACUUUAAAUGCUAAGCCCGGUCUCACUAUCAUACCGUCUGCAGUACUAGCCCGUUUUGUUACUCGCUUAACACCACUUACCGAGCACAUUCUCAAACCCAUCUAUCAGCAAACAUCGCUAUAUAAAAUUAUAACGGAUCUCAACCGCCAAUAUCCCAUCAUUAGUUGCCAGGUCUGUUCGAAAAUCCUGUAUACCCCAGAUACUAACCCACAGAGUCAGCCUGUUUCAAAGAAACCGCGUCUAGAUUUAGAUAACAACUUUUCAAUGAUGUGCUAUCUCAAGUGUGGCCAUUCACUUUGUAAUGCUUGUUUGAGAGAUCUUCUACCAAAUAUUAAGUGCAUCAUAUGCCAAGAAGUCGAGGUAGCCGACUGUGUUCGGUAUCUUAUGUACGUCCCCAAAUCCGCCUUUGUGCUCAACGAAGCUUGCUUCCCGCUCUCCGCUGGUCUCUACGACUGGCCCAAUUCUAUUACAUGGGGAGACGAUCAACUUUGUUUGUAUGUCACCUAUAGACAAAAAACCGAUCUCUCGCACAUUAUUACCAAUGAGAUACCUUCAAAUACUUUCCAAGAAAUAUACGUUGUUGGAGAUAGUAUUCGUUCGUGCAAUUCAUUGGUCGCCUCUUAA